AUAAAUGAUGAAAACCUAUACAUACAAUAUAAAUACACGCACACAACCAAAUCUCAUCGAAAACCCUUAUAUGUUCUUCUUCUUCGACUCUAUCGCUCUCUAAAUCCUCAAAGAUCAACAGAUUCAAUAAGAUUAUUAGGUUUUUGUGAGAUUGCGAUUGAGGAAUUGUGUUUGGAUUGGAAUCGGGAUUGAAUCAUGGAGAAAUCGAUGAGAGAUUGAGGAAAACGAUGCCGGAAUUAGCGGUUGAUUGUCGAACGACGUCGUAUGGAGCAGUUUCUUCGAGUGGAUUUUGGUCGAAACAUUGUGGUGAUGUUAGUUAUAAUCAGCUUCAGAAGUUCUGGAGCGAGUUAUCACUACAAGCAAGGCAAGAACUCUUAAGGAUCGACAAACAAACUUUAUUCGAACAAGCGCGUAAGAACAUGUACUGCUCGCGAUGCAACGGGCUACUUCUAGAAGGUUUUAUGCAGAUCGUUAUGUAUGGAAAGUCAUUGCAGCAGGAGGGGAUAUUUAAUCACGCUUCCGCGAAUAAACUCGUAACCUCAAAAUCUCAAACCGUUGAGAACGGUUGUAUGACAAUCGGGGGCAACGAUGACGUUAUUCAAGAUCCAUCCGUCCACCCGUGGGGCGGUUUAACUACUACUCGAGACGGAACACUCACUCUUCUAGAUUGCUAUAUAUGUUCGAAAUAUUUGAAGGGACUACAAAAUGUAUUUGACAGUGCUAGAGCACGGGAGCGUGAACGCGAAUUAUUAUAUCCCGACGCGUGUGGCGGAGGAGGUCGCGGGUGGAUUAGUCAAGGGAUGGUGGGGUACGGUAGAGGUCACGGAACACGAGAGACCUGCGCUUUGCAUACUGCUAGACUUUCCGUUGACACUUUGGUCGACUUUUGGUCAGCACUUGGAGAAGAGACGCGUUAUUCUCUUUUAAGGAUGAAGGAAGAAGAUUUUAUGGAACGGCUAAUGUAUAGGUUUGACAGCAAGAGGUUUUGUAGAGAUUGCAGAAAAAAUGUAAUACGUGAGUUCAAGGAGCUAAAAGAACUCAAGCGCAUGAAAAGAGAAACUCGUUGCACGAGCUGGUUUUGUGUGGCUGAUACAAGCUUCCAAUACGAGGUGACUCAUGACACAAUUCAUGCUGAGUGGCAUCAAACUUAUGCGGACUCUAAAGGAAUAUACGAGCAUUACGAAUGGGCUGUGGGAACGGGUGAAGGCAAGUCGGAUAUAUUAGAUUUUGAAAACGUGGGCUCAAAUUCAAGGGUUAAAGCGAACGGUCUAGAUCUCACUGGUUUAAACUCAUGUUACAUCACUCUACGCGCAUGGAGAACCGAUGGACGUUGUAACGAAGUUUCCGUCAAAGCUCAUGCUUUGAAAGGUCAACAUUGUGUUCAUGGUAGACUUGUAGUUGGUGACGGUUUUGUUACAAUCACAAGAGGUGAAAGCAUUAGACGGUUCUUUGAGCAUGCAGAAGAGGCUGAGGAAGAAGAGGAUGAUGAUUCCGUGGAUAAGGACGGGAAUGAAUUAGACGGAGAAUGUUCUCGUCCACAAAAACAUGCGAAGAGUCCGGAACUUGCUCGCGAGUUUCUUUUAGAUGCUGCCACAGUUAUAUUCAAAGAACAGGUUGAAAAGGCUUUUAGAGAAGGGACUGCACGGCAAAAUGCACAUAGCAUGUUUGUAUCUCUUGCGUUAAAAUUAUUGGAACAACGUGUAAUAGUCGCGUGCAAGGACAUCAUUACUUUAGAAAAACAGUUUAAACUUCUUGAAGAAGAAGAGAAGGAGAAAAGAGACGAAGAAGAACGAAAAGAACGCCGAAGGGCAAAAGAAAAAGAAAAAAAACUUCGUAGGAAAGAGAGACUAAGGAUCAAGGAACAAGAAAAAGAGAAAAAAUGUGGUCAACUAAGUCAAACUUCCAUUCCUGAUACAAUUAAAGAGGAAUUAACAACCGUUAAUAACGAGCCCGACAUCAACGACAACAACUACUGUGAAGAACUAGAACACACUCCAUCAUCCAUGCCUGCAUCAGACGACUAUAUAGAAGACCAGAUAUUAGACUAUGAUGAAAAUGAAAAUGAAAACGAAAACGGAAACGCGGAGUUCGAUUAUCGAAAAGACGGGAAUCAGUUGUUUGGUAACGAUCAGUCGAAACACACUCGUAGGAGACUGAAACCGUGGAAAGAUUAUCAACAUGAUCAACCCUCGAAAUGGACUGAUAGACGGCGGUUUGAAUACGGGUCAACGGUCAACAAACCGGUCCCGCGAUAUCACAGUGACGGGUAUGAAACUGCAUCGAGGAACGGAAACGUAAAUGGAGUAAAUAAGUCUGUUAGCAGGUCAAACGGGUCAAGGUACACUGAUAGAUCACAUUGUUGCCAACACACUUAUUACCGACCCAAAUCAGGUAUACCCGAACCCGAUAUCGAUGCGUCAAAACCGUAUUUUCGCAGAAACAAGUAUAACAAUAGUAAUCAAACCGAAUCUGUUCGUGAACGACCUAAGACCAAAAUUAUUUCGGGAAACAAUGGUUUAGGUUAUGUAAAGAAGGUAUGGGAGCCUAGAAGCAAUAUAGAUUCCGAUGAUGUCACUGAUCGGUCCGCUGAUGUCAUCAGCCCCGUCAAGGUUGUUAAUUCACCAAACGGAAUCAAGGAUAACGAUUUGAAGGAAUCAAAAAGUAGUGUUCACGUAGAACCCGAACCUGAAAGCGGGACAACCGAUUUGUGUACUAGCAGUACGAACUCGAAUUCCGAUAGUUGCUCAUCGUGUCUUAGCGAAGGAGACGGAAACGCUUCGUUGUCAUCAACCCCGCAAAAUACCGAGUCGUCAUCUACGUCAGAUUCUGAGUGCGCGAAUCAUCGUUCCGAAGUGAUUAAAGAAACGUCACCCUGUCGUGAGAAUGCGGGUGAAAUGUUGUCGAAAACGAGUGAAAGUGUUACGGGAAAUAAUGUUGUUCCACCACCAUUGCAAGCUAAAAGCAUACACUUUCCGGUGUUUCAAGCUCCUUCCAUGGGCUAUUACCACCAGGGUCCGGUUCCAUGGGCCUCGCGCCCAGCCAGUGGGCUCAUGCCGUUAGGCCCAUUACCCCAUCCGAACCACUAUCUGUUUGCUAGUCCGUUUGGGUACGGGAAUUCACCUUACGUUCCGUAUAGCGUUGGUGGGCUCCAGCCGCCACUACUUAACCAUGGUCAACUCCCUAUGUACCCAUCGGCUCCAUCGGUCAACGGUGUUAAAGACCACCACACCAAGGUUAUCCCGGUAAAAAAUGAACAACAUGUGAAUUCUGAAAAGGCGCAGAACGGGCAAAAUGAUAAUUCUGAGAAAACGCAAAAGGGUAAUACGGGGUUUUCUCUGUUUCACUUUGGUGGGCCCGUUGAUGUUUCGAACGGGUUUAAUCCCGACGCUGAUGCUGCGGAUUGUGUGAAAGAAGAGGUUGAUGCGGAUGUUGAUAGGAGUGUUGUGAAGGAUGUGGAGGAAUACAACUUAUUUGCAGCAAGCAAUGGGAUACAAUUUUCCAUCUUUUAAAAUACAGUUUUUGAGAUUUUGAAUAUUUGAGUUUGAGUCUGAGUUUGAGUUGAGUUGAGUUGAGGUAAUUCAAAUUUUUAUUUGACAUGCAAAUGCAAUAAUCUUGUGAUACAUAUUCAUCCAGCAUGUUUUUGUUUUGGUAA